AUGCACGAUGGCGAAAUGACAAUCUUUGUAAAUAGCUAUCUGGGGCAUCUCCAGAAAACGGUGAUUGGACGAGUGUAUGUUGAGGAUAAAGAUGACUGGGAUUUACCGGAUAAAGUGUUCACUUGGGCACCAGGCAAAUCGCUGCCAGGCUUCAGUCUUGCAACAAAUGGCGAAAUAACGAUGGAUGCUGAUAUGCCACCUCGGACUUAUCAGAUGGUUGCCAGCGUUAUUGACAAACGACGAAAUGAGAAAGCACAGGGCGUCGUGAAUGUUAUCGUAAAGUUGGUACCUGCUGGAGCAUUUGAAAAUCAGGAAGGUGUUGUGGUAUCAGCUAAUCAAACAGUGGUUGUUGGUGUGAAUGCUUGGUCCAACGAUACCUGUGUGUGUCCUGUGUUCACGCCACCUUCGUCAUGCGAGGCUAAUCUGUGUCUUAAUUCGGGUGUAUGCCAUAAUACAUAUCCGGGUUUCUUCUGCGAAUGUCGUAACAACGCUCUGAAAGGAUUCCGCUGCCAGGGUACCACUCGCUCGUUUGAUGGACAAGGAUUCGCGUGGUUCAAACCGGUUCCAGCCUGUACUUCACUGAAUAUUUCGCUACAAUUUUUAACAAAACAAUCGGAUGGUCUUCUGCUAUACAACGGACCAAUGGGCAACAAUAACACAUUUGGGCAGGCUGACUACAAAGAUUACGUAGUUAUACGUCUGGUUGGUGGUCGUGUACAUGCAAAUCUGAUGUUCAAUGGAAUUGUUGCAAAUCCGGUUCAGGUUGCUGGAUCCGAUGCGCUUAAUGAUGGAAAAUGGCAUACAGUAACACUGACUCAAGAUGGCAAAGUUGGU